AAUUAUUUGUGUAAUAUGUUAGCACCUCGAGAUUAUGAGAAGAUUACUUUAAACAAGGAAAAAACCUUAUUUAACAACGCUAAUUUCAUCAUGAAAAAUACAAGGUUAAUGCUCUUCAUUAUCGCUGAAGAGCAAGUAGGUUACGAUAAGAAAUUGGUGCUCUCAUAUGACAACUCCCUUCUUUGGAUCAGACUUGCUAUGGGAGUAACUACAUUGCCUCCAGCCCAUAAUGCCAGAUUGCUUAUUGAAACUAAGAAAUUAUGAAAAAGUCAGCAUGAGAUUAAGUUUCUUACAAGCGCGAGUUUUCCAGAGUCAACAAUUCUUAAUAUUGAAAACUCCAAAUGAGAAGAUCCAAAGUUCACCAGUAUUUUUAACCCUAUGAUGAAGAUAUGCUCAAAGCAAUUACAGAAUGCUUCAUUCUCUUUCUUUACGAUCCCUGGAAGAAAAUUCAACAGGCUCUUUAUCAGUUGACUCAACUCAUUAAAAAUAAUGUUCUCUGAAUGUCAUAUAGGUUAUAAAGAGAUAAAUAUCCCAAGCACAAUCCAGUCUAGAGCUCAGAAUAUUGUUUUCCGUAAUUGUUGUAACCUUGAGAAAUCAUGGUUGGCUUAUGAAACUCCUGAAGUCCACAACAUUCUUAAAUUUAUCACUUCUAAACCCAUAGAGAAAUACCUUAAAACCGUAAAAAUCUCCCUAAACAUCACACCAAACCAGACAAAAAAGUUCCAUACAUCCCACCCAAAUAUCUCCACCAUCUCUAUCACCCCAAACUCUGACCCCAUACACUACCUCACCUACCCAAGACCCGAGACCACCCAAAUUCUGACCCUAACCUACACCUAACCUCUCU